AUGAAUAAGGAUCAAAAACCAAAAGUUCGAAAACGGGCAACACAUAUUGUAACAGACUCCAAACCACGACACAAUUAUGGCAGUGAAAAGCCAUUGUUUGUGUACUCUUGUUUAUGUGGUCAAAUGUCUCUGAUCAUUGAUUGCUUGAUUGACAAAUUGCCUCGACGUCCGCGUGAUGGUGCCCGGGUGAUUGAUGGUUCGAAACGGGCACACAAAACGACAGCUACACCGGCUAAUCCCCUAACCCCGGUCUAUUUGCGUUGGCCCAACGGGAUUGAACGGCAGUUUCGGCGCUAUUGCAAAAGCUGCGGGUUGCCCAUAUUUUAUCGGCACAAAGUUGAUAACCCGGUGGCCGAGUUCAUUAUUGAGGGCGCGCUUAAACUACAAGAUGAUCAGACCGCACCACCUACUUCCAUGCUCCAAGCAAAACGACCGGUUCGGGCGGAGGAUGAGAGCAGUGCGAACGCACGUCUACUCGAAGCACUAGCGGCCGAGGCCGCGGCUGUCCAAAGCGAAUCGAACGGUGCCCCACUACGUCACAGUGUCCAACAACAAGAAACCACUCAAGGUAUAGAUACGGCAGUCACCGUGUCCACCAUUGAGGAUGAGGAGGAGGAGGCCGAGGCAAAGGAGAUCGCUGACUCCUACGCAGCUAACGCGCGUGUGAUUGAGCAGGAGAUGAUCCGACGGGGUAUUAUCAAGCGUCGUCUAGUGGAAGAGGCGAACGAAGAAGCUCAACAACGUCGUAUUNCGUCGUAUUCGAGGAACUUUGAUUGA